UGCACAGGCCCACCAUACUUUGUGCUUUUUAAUCAAUUGUUAAUAUUGAUGAUCGUGGAGAUUGAAACACACGACUACUUGGCCAAACUAGCUCUGAUACCAUGUCAUAAACCAGUUGGUCCCAAUAACUCGAAUUAUUAAGAAAAAGUUAUGUUGAAUCAUAUACUAUACUCUAACACUUACCACGGACAAUAACGUCAACCCUCAACAAAAAUCAAUUAAAACUCAGCAAGAAGAAAAGUUAAAACCACCGAUAAAAAUACCACCCGUGAGAAGAAAAAUAGCAUAUGGAGCCAAAACUGAAGCAACACACCAAAACAUAAAACUGAAUACAAAUUCAAUACCAAUACACAGAUAGCUCAUCCACAUCCCUCCACAAAAGAAAGAAAAGAAACAAGGUAAAAGAUCACCGGUAGUAGUCGGCCUGCUUAAAUCAUCAUAUAUUUCAUCAUCAUGCCCAUGAAAUGUAGAAUGGCACUGAUCGCUCUCAGUCAUGUGUUCUUGCUCUGCUUGGUGAGCGUGACAAAGGGAGGAACCUACUACUGCGACGGCCACGUUGACGGCGACAAGUACAGGAAGGCGGUGAAGGACAUUGUGGAUGAUAUGGCCGACGAGACGCCGAAACGUCCCGAUUUCGCUUACUACGAGGCUGGCGGUCGUGUUUCAGGCAGUUCGCGAUGCGGUGGCAGUCCCGGCCUGACAACCGACCAAAAGGCGUGCCAUAACUGUUUGGAGCGCCUACAGACGGAGCUCACUUCUUCAGCUUGUCUCAGUAGCCAAACCGCCAGCGCUUCCGAGGAUUCAGCUUGCAGCAUGUCUUUCUGGAAAAUCUAGCAAGCAAUUUUAUGUGUAUGGUUUGCGUAGUGUGCCCUUUCUUGCUAUAACUAGCUACUACAUGCAAGUGGUUUAUGAGAUGUUGUGAAAUUAUGCUCCAGAGAGUUUAAAAUAAAAGAAUAAGAAACACAGCUCUUUUUUUUUUUUUUUCUCUUCACGAAAUUACUAUGGUCACAUUCAAACUCUUUUAGAUAUUAUCGGUUUUGGCCUACUCCUCACUGUUGUGCCUUUUGAGUGUAUAUUAUGGUGAUUUUUUGGGAGGUUGCUUAUCUUUGAACUUGAGUGUAUGUUUAACUACGAAGUGUUCUCUAUUUUAACUCAAAACGCGUCUUGUCAGUUAAGAUUGGAUGUUCCUUACGAAUCAUGAAUGUUUCUCGUGUUUUGUUGAUGUAGAAUUUGCCUUACAUACGCUCCCUUUGAGACUCAACGUCCUCAUUGAGGUUUACCCACCAUCGCCCAAAAGGGACGCGACCGAGAGGCUUGGAUACCAAUUGCAACAUCCCAACCUUUUUCCUAAUUAAACAAUAUAUUGUCCACUUUAGCCCUACCCUCGCAUAGUUUUGCUUUUGGGAUGAAUCAUGAUGACUUCCCGGGAGGUCACCCAAUUACACUGCUCCAUAUUGUAGGAUAAUCAAGAUAAUACAUAGUUUUAACAUGU